AUGAAGUCAUUCUGGGAGUUGUCUUCUGAUACCACUCAAAUUUCAGUAAUUAAGGAAAAGAAAGGUCUCCAAAGAGAAUCUAUGCAAGAAGAUAGAACUUAUUACCACUAUGGAAAGGAAUUUGAGAAACGCCUUGUCCAUUAUAGAGAAGGAUACGAAGAACAUGAAGCCCUAAAGAAGCUUUAUGAUGAGGUUAAAGAUCAGCUUCCCAAAGAGGUUACCAAAAACGCUAUCCGGAAGAAAUCGAACAGGCAACAUCUAUUUCAAAUCUAA